AUGGGUGGAGGAAGAGAAACUAACGAGGAAAUCACCGGAGCUUCACCUCAAGCUAACGUUACUGAUCAGUCCAAGAGGAUGAAAAUCAUUUACAUUGUUUACCUCCUCGCUGCUUUGGAUAUCACAUGGAUGUUUAUACAGUUUUCUGUCACUCCUUAUUUGGCAAAGAAGCUCGGCUUUGACACCUUGUGGUUUGGUUAUUUGCAAACCAUGGUAGGUGUAUUUCAGCUGUUUGGGGGUCCUAUGUUUGGACGGUUUGGAGAUAUUUUUGGAGCACGAGCUGCUUUGUCUCUGGCGUGUUCUUCAACAGUGGUUUUCUUUCUGCUGCUGGCCAUCGCAGAGCAUCCUGCCAUGCUGUUCAUCCACAAACUUCCCACUGUCUUCAUGCAUGUCCUACCUGCGUCUCAGAUGGUCGUCACAGACCUUUCAGAACCUGAAAAACGGGCGGAUGCUUUAUCUAAAAUAGGUCUGUGUUUUGGUGUCGGUAUGAUAAUCGGCUCCACGUUGGGCGGCCAUCUUAACACACGCUACGGGGAGACGUUUACUGCCUGUUUUGGUGCUGUGGGGAGUGCCUUCAGUUUAUUGUUGGUUUUGAUGUUUAUUCCAAAAAAUACCAAAAUUCAAACUCCAGGAACCAACAAAGAGAGUGAAAACAAUGACAAAUCAAUAUUCAACGUGAGAGAGAUCACGAGGCUGAUUAAGUUUCCAGGUGUGAAGCGGACUUUUGUUGUGAAGAUAGUUGCCGGUUUGCCAUCAGGAAUUUUCCAAGUGAUGUUCUCUAUCAUUGCGAUGGACUUCUUCAAGCUGCAGCCGGAGCAGAAUGGCUAUCUGAUGGCUUAUUUUGGCAUUGCCUCGAUGGUUAUUCAGGGAGGAGUGAUCGGUCGGCUGACGGCGAAAUAUUCUGAGAACUCGCUGCUGCUUCUGUCCAUCGCAGUUUCUGCUUUGGUGGGACUGGCUCAGGCUUACAUGCAGAACGUGUUCCAGUUCUGCCUCACUGUCAUCCCGAUGAUAUUUUCUCUCAGUGUGUUUGGUAUUAUCACAGACAGCGUUCUCACCAAAAGUGUACCGUCCUCCGACACAGGCACGAUGCUGGGACUGUGUGCAUCCGUCCAAUCUCUGCUUCGCACAGUCGGACCAACUAUUGGUGGCUUCUUGUAUGUGAACUACGGCGUCUCCUCUAUCGGGCUGAUCCAGUUUGUUGUGAAUGUCGCUGUGUUUGUGUACCUGCUGCAGCGUCGCCCUGAGAAGACAGACAAGCAAAAGGAAUAAAAUCACCUCUUUUCAUCUCCCAAUUUAUCCACAAACUAACAGAGAAGAUGGAAAUUCAGUGUUUGAUUUUAGAGACAAUCAUUUCAGCAGUUACAUGUAUUUAAAUUACUCUGCGGUUUACAAGAUAAAAUGAGGUCAAGUCUCUAUUUGAUUUGUGGCGGAGGCUCAGGACUGAACCACUAGAUGGCACCAAAUGCUCCAUUUAAACUGAUGAUACUUUUGUUUUCCAAGGUUCAUUACUUACAGAGAAGUCGCACUAAAAUCAGUGCACCGAGAUUUUAUUUAAUAUCAUCAAAAAUGAUUAAAAUUAGACUGAUAUACACCACUCCUAGUUAAUAAUAAUU